UUUCAUGCUAAUUGCCAUUCCAUCCGCUUGUUCAAUUUCUAUGGCUCCAGUGAGAGUCAGUCAGCUGGAGACUGAUCCAAAGCAUCAGAGGAGAAAAAGACGUGAGGAAAUAAACAGCUGUGCAUCAGAAAGAGACGACCAUGGCAUCGAUAAAUCUCGGGUUUAACGGGGCUCGUAAAAAAGCGGCAGCGCGGAUCAGAGCCGUAGAGAGGAGGAAUCUGAUCACCGUGUGCAGGUUCUCAGUGAAAACCCUCAUUGAUCGCUCAUGUUUUGAGACGAUAGACGACACAUCUGCUGAGUUCAUCAACUUUGUCUCCAUUCUGGAGCAUAUUCUGAGCCAUAGACUGAAAGGUCAGGUCAGCUGGUUUGGUUACGAGAGCCCGCGCAGUUUCUGGGAUUACAUACACGUGGCAUGUAUUAAAGUCCCACACAGCUGCAUUCACAGCAUCGAGAACAUGGAGAACGUCCGCAGCUCUAGAGCAAAGGGUCGUGCCUGGAUUAGAGUGGCGUUAAUGGAGAAGCGUUUGUCUGAAUACAUCUCUGCAGCUCUGAGAGACUUCAAAACUACAAGGAGGUUUUAUGAGGAGGGGGCUGUAGUUCUGGGGGAGGAGGCGGGGCUUCUGGCAGAUACGCUGAUUGGACUGAAUGCCAUUGACUUCAGUUUCUGUCUGAAAGGGGAGGGGCUUGAUGAGAGCUGUCCCGUCGUCAUUGACUACACACCGUACCUUAAAUUCACACAAACUUCUGACAGCAUCAGCAGCGAUGAGGAGGAAAUGAGAACGCUGGGCAGCAGCGGCAGUGAAGCAGGCACUCCUGAAUCUCACAUGGCCGCCAGUCUGAUGGCCGAUCAGAGCACCUGGUACAGCAAGAGCAAAAGGCUAGAGCAGAAAUACAGAGUCGUGCUGGAACAGAAGUGUUAUCUGGAGGAGCUGGUGCGUCUGAGGGAAGCUCAGCUGUCCGAGUCUGUCUCUCAGAAUAAAUCUCUACUGCAGCAGCUCACAGACACGGAAAUCAGCCACAAAGUGGAGAAAGAGCAGCUGGAGAUCAUCAUACUGGAGCUGCAGGAUCAGCUUGUUUGUUCCUCCAGGACGGUGCUGAAGAACCAUGACCUGCGCUCCAGACAGGAGCUUACCUCACACCUGACAAACCAGUGGCCCUCACCUGGCACUUUGGAUACCAAUGCUGUUGCCUUGGAUACGCUCCUGUACAGAAAACGCACAGGACCAUGGGAGGAGAAAAGCUUCCAGAGUUUGGAGCAGCUUUCUGCGGAUAUGAGUCUCUCUCAGAUGUCUCUCGAUCCAGCACAACUGAACACUCACAGUCUGGACGGCAAGGCAGGACUUACACACUGGCACAGAGAAGGGAAAGAGGAUACUCCGUCUCUGAGGGGUUUGUGUGGUUCGUUAACAUCAAUGGCCAGUUACAAAUCUCUGGCCAGUCUGAAGUCCAGUGAAUAUCUGGCCAGUCCAACAACAGACAUGACCAGCCCAGGACUGACCCCGUCCUGAACACAGAGACAAGUAUGGACAUAUACACGCACACAGGCUUACGCAUACACAAACGCACCAUCCUGCUUGAGAUGGUGUGGGCUUCAAACUGAGGAGAAGAAAUGAAAACCUACCCAUCGAUACCAACCUCAGAGCUUCUAAGAGACAUCAGACAAGAUGAUGACAACCCUGUGCUGUCCUGACUGGUUUUAGUUUAAUUUGUGCGGUUUCAUUUUCAAAUGUUAACAUUUGGUCGUUGAAGUCCAUAGCUAGUGUAAGCAUUAGCAUUAGUGAAUGUUGAGCAUAAUGAAUCAUGAUGAAUGACAAUCUUGACUCAGGACAUCAGUCAAUUUCAGCUAUUUGUGGAAUACCCAGUUCAAAUGACUGCUGUUUUUGCAAAGGCCAUAGAUACAGCAUUUCCUGCUGCUUUAUUUUGUGCUCCUGUUCUUAAAAUUUGUCCGUAACGCAGAGUCAUUGACCCCUGCUUAACUCUGAUUGGCCUUCAGAAAAUGGUCCUGGAAAAUGAUAGCCAAACACAUCACAACACAUCACAGCUACACUAGCACAGAUACAUAGGAAAUUGGUUGUCUGAGCCAAUGGCCAAUUUAUGAUGAUCUUUCACUAUUUUAUUUUAUUUAUUUUGUUUAAUUUCAUUUAAUUUUAUUGCCAACUAAAACAAUUAACUUAAAGGGUUAGUUCACCCCAAAAUGAAAAUUCUGUCAUUAAUUACUAACCUUCAUAUCGUUCCA